AUGGAGGAUUCCAAGCGCCUCGAGCGUGUUUCCUCACUCUACGGCGCCGGAACUACUGGAUGCUGGCUCCUUACUACUCUCUCGGUCUUCAUCACCUGGACGCUCAAUAUUCGUAGCCGAAGCAAGGACACCAUCACCAACGACUUUAUUGCCACAGUCUCACUUCCGGCAGUGGCAGCAGGUCAUCUAAUCUACGAAAUAUCAAACUCACCAUGGCCAGUCACGCAACUCUUGACUAGCAAAGAGGAACAAAUCGACCAGGCUUCCGCUGCCGUUGAAGCCCCGCUCACUAUUUGCGAGACGUACAUUGCUUUUGCACUUGUUUUCGCUGCCAUCGCCUCAAGAAACGGUCACCACCGGCGUUUUUUAGUUGUCCUAAUCGUGGGGCUGCUGAGCUUCUCGACCGAGAUUCUACUCUUCGCGCAAUCGGCAAAUACGCGCAUCUCAACGCUAAAUUUUGUCCGGCCAUUUAUAUUUAAUUUCGCUUGGGGGAUGGCCCUUGCUUUCGUCUUCCUUAUCUUCACAGCCAUCGUUUUCUUAGUGUGUAUGUUUGGGUUUCCUCUUCCUCCUGGGCAAUCCGCAGAAGACCCAAUGGUCCGGGAGUACAAAGCUGAGCUCAGAGCGAUGAUGGCCAGCGGGCUAGUCACAAUGCUCUCUCUGCCAGUCCUACUCCUGGCGUCACUUUCAAGCGCAACCGGCAUUUUUGGCGCAACGGAUUAUGGAGCAUCGAUCUCCAAUCUUCCCACCAAAGCGUUUUUUUUCAUUCCCAAGAGUUCAUCAUCAAUCACUGAUCUAGAUCAAGCAUUCGCUCUUGCUGCAGGGCUCCUUACUCUUGUAUUCAGCCUAAGAGCUGCGUACAAAAGCAGACGGGAUGAGGAGGAGAGGAAAUUUGAAUUAUGGAAGGCGAGGCGCGAAGUGCAAAGAGAGGAAUACGAAAGGUGGGCUACCAAGCUCAAGGAGGCAGCUGAUAGGCUGAAAUAUGCUUCGCAACUUGGUGAGGUUGAUUUUGCUGAAGGUUUGGAAGCAAGAAUUAUGGACCAGAUGGCGAGGUUGAACCGCGAUGGUUUUCCCAUUUCGUGGCCUUCCUGA